GGUGCUCCCAGCCCCGAGUUGUGCAAUCCUUUGUAGCACGCCAGAGUCGUCCUGCGCGGUUGCCUCUCGCCCUCUCUCCUUUUUUUUUUUUUUCAAGCUGUGAGCUCAACCGAUGAGUCAGAGCAGUGCAAUCCUGACACUGCAUCGCAGGACUGGGGGUGACACCGAGGGAGGGAGAGCGAGCGCGAGGCGGACACCACCAGCUCGGGGUGCACCGCGGCGCCGGCGCCACGAGCGGGGGGUGACAGCACGCGCGUCCCGCCCGGGCCCUGCCAGCAAAACUUCCCAACCUGGGGAGGCGCGGGCUGGCGGAAGCCCUGAGAGCGCCGCGGGGAGGCGACGGCGCCUGUUUGUUUUUAAAAUCGGGGAGUGCGUGCAAGCGGCUGGAGUCUGGCAGGCGACCGAAGGCGGCAGCUCGCAGCGGAAGGGGGACCGCCGAGGCCGGAGCUGCGGCCGUAGCGAGGCUUCCGGGCCCUGAGGCAUCAUGAAGCGGGAAGAGUAGCCGAGCCCAAGAGCCUCUCCACCAAGAGGAAAGGAAGGACCAGCCCUUCUGUCUUCCGGGCCGACGGCACCACCCCGCAUUUGCCUUCAUUCCCACUGACUCCUGGACUUGAGCGGGCCCCAGCAGGACCUCCCCCCUCGCAGGGGAUGGACAGCCAGUGACUUAGGUCUCACUGCCAGGGCCCUGUUGGCCACACCAUGAACCUCCAGGCCCAGCCUAAGGCUCAGACUAAGCGGAAGCGUUGCCACUUUGGGGACCAGGAUCCAGCUCCCAAGGAGCAGCCCCCACACCUGCAGGCCCCCCCACAGCCGCCGGCCCCUCCACAGUCCUCUAGAGUGAAAGAGGAGUCUUACUUUGGGCACGAGGGUCCAGCAGGGGCCACCUCCGCCUCCCAGCCUGUGGAACUGCCCCCUUCCAACAGCCUGGCCCUGCUGAACUCUGUGGUGUAUGGGUCUGAGCGGACCACGGCGGCCAUGCUGUCCCAGCAGGUAGGCUCGGUCAAGUGGCCCAACUCCGUGAUGGCUCCAGGGCGGGGGCCGGAGCGUGGAGGGGCUGGAGGCGUGAGUGACAGCAGCUGGCAGCAGCAGCCGGGCCAGCCGCCACCCCACUCUGCGUGGAACCGCCAUGGCCUGCCCCUCUACAGCGGACCCAAGGGGAGCCCUCAUCCUGGCAUGGGGGUCUCUACCUACUAUAACCACCCUGAGACACUGAAGCGGGAGAAGGGAGGGGGGCCGCAGCUUGACCGCUACGGAAACGCAGUGCACCCCAUGAUGCCACAGAAGCUGCAGCUGGAUGUAGGGCAGCCCCAGGCGCCCCUGAACUCGUUCCACGUGGCCAAGAAGCCCCCCAACCAGACCCUACCCCUUCAACCUUUCCAGCUGGCAUUUGGCCAUCAAAUGAACCGGCAGGUCUUCCGGCAAGGCCCACCGCCUGCCAACCCCGUCGCGGGCUUUGCACCACAGAAGCAGCAGCAGCAGCAGCAGCAGCAGCAGCAGCAGCAGCAGCAGCAGCAGCAGGCGGCAGCCCUGCCCCAAAUGCCGCUCUUUGAGAACUUCUACUCUAUGCAGCAGCCACCCUCGCAGCAGGCCCAGGACUUUGGCCUACAGCCAGCCGGGCCACUGGGGCAGCCCCACCUGACUCACCACAGCAUGGCACCCUACCCUUUCCCUCCCAACCCUGACAUGAACCCAGAACUGCGCAAGGCCCUCCUGCAGGAGUCGGCCACACAGCCUGUGCUACCUCAGGUCCAGAUCCCUUUCCCCCGCCGCUCUCGCCGCCUCUCUAAGGAGGGUGUCCUGCCGCCCACCACUCUGGAUGGGGCUGGCACCCAGUCUGGGCAGGAGCCCACCAGCAACCUGUUCCUACAUCACUGGCCCCCGCAGCAGCCACCACCUGGCACCCUGGGGCAGCCUCAUGCUGAAGCUCUGGGAUUUCCAAUGGAGCUCAGGGAGUCGCAGUUGCUGUCCGACGGGGAGAGGCUGGCACCCAACGGCCGAGAGCGGGAGGCUGCUCCCAUGGGCAGUGAGGAGGCCAUACGGGCAGUGGGCACAGGGGACUGCGGGCAGGUGCUACGUGGUGGGGUGAUCCAGAGCACACGGCGGAGGCGUCGGGUGUCCCAGGAGGCCAAUUUGCUGACCCUGGCCCAGAAGGCAGUGGAGCUGGCCUCGCUGCAGAAUGCAAAGGAUGCCAAUGGCUCUGAGGAGAAGCGGAAAAGUGUAUUGGCCUCUACUACCAAGUGCGGGGUGGAGUUUUCUGAGCCUCCCUUAGCGGCCAAGCGAGCGCGAGAGGACGGCGGGAUGGCGCCCCUCAUCAUCCCGGUGUCUGUGCCUGUGCGGACUGCGGACCCCACCGAGGCAGCCCAAGCUGGAGGUGUUGACGAGGACGGGAAGGGCCCAGAACAGAACCCCACUGAGCAUAAGCCGUCCGUCAUUGUCACCCGCAGGCGGUCCACUCGGAUCCCCGGGACUGAUGCCCCAGCCCAGGCUGCAGACAUGACCGUCAAGCUGGAGGAGGAGCCCGCGGUGCGGAAACCAAAGCAGCGGCCUCGGCCGGAGCCCCUGAUCAUCCCCACCAAGGCGGGCACUUUCAUCGCCCCUCCCGUCUAUUCCAACAUCACUCCAUACCAGAGCCAUCUGCGUUCUCCCGUCCGCCUGGCCGACCACCCCUCGGAGCGGAGCUUUGAACUGCCCCCCUACACGCCACCCCCCAUCCUCAGCCCCGUGCGAGAAGGCUCCGGCCUCUAUUUCAAUGCCAUCAUGUCGACUAGCAGCAUCCCAGCCCCGCCUCCCAUCACGCCAAAGAGUGCCCAUCGCACCCUGCUCCGCUCCAAUAGUGCUGAAGUCACACCGCCUGUCCUCUCUGUGAUGGGAGAGGCCACCCCAGUGAGCAUCGAGCCACGUAUCAAUGUGGGCUCCCGGUUCCAAGCUGAAAUCCCCUCGAUGAGGGACCGUGCCCUGGCAGCAGCAGACCCCCACAAAGCAGACUUGGUGUGGCAGCCAUGGGAGGACCUGGAGAGCAGCCGGGAGAAGCAGAGGCAAGUGGAAGACCUGCUGACAGCCGCCUGCUCCAGCAUUUUCCCUGGAGCUGGCACCAACCAGGAGCUGGCCCUGCACUGUCUCCAUGAGUCCAGGGGAGACAUCCUGGAAGCGCUGAGUAAGCUGCUACUGAAGAAGCCUCUUCGGCCCCACAACCACCCACUGGCAACUUAUCACUACACAGGCUCUGACCAGUGGAAGAUGACUGAGAGGAAGCUGUUUAACAAGGGCAUCGCCAUCUACAAAAAGGAUUUCUUCCUGGUGCAGAAGCUGAUCCAGACCAAGACCGUGGCCCAGUGCGUGGAGUUCUACUACACCUACAAGAAGCAGGUGAAAAUUGGCCGCAACGGGACUCUAACCUUCGGGGACGUGGAUAUAAGUGAUGAGAAGUCGGCCCAGGAAGAGGUUGAAGUGGACCUUAAGACUUCUCAGAAGUUCCCAAGGGUGCCUCCUCCCAGAAGAGAGUCCCCAAGUGAAGAGAGACUGGAGCCUAAGAGGGAAGUAAAGGAGACCAGGAAGGAGGGGGAGGAGGAGGUACCAGAGACCCAGGAGAAGGGGGAGCAGGAAGAGGGGCGAGAGCGAAGCCGGCGGGCAGCGGCUGUCAAAGCCACACAGACACUACAGGCCAAUGAGUCGGCCAAUGACAUCCUCAUCCUCCGAAGCCACGAGCCCAACGCCCCUGGGUCUGCUGGUGGCCAGGCCCUAGAGAAGCCAAGGGAGGGUGCAGGGAAGUCAAGAAGGGCACUACCUUUUUCGGAGAAGAAGAAGAAAGCGGAGACAUUUAACAAGACGCAGAAUCAGGAGAACACUUUCCCUUGUAAAAAAUGUGGCAGGGUGUUUUACAAGGUGAAGAGUCGCAGCGCCCACAUGAAAAGCCAUGCAGAGCAGGAGAAGAAGGCCGCAGCCUUAAGGCAGAAGGAGAAAGAGGCCGCAGCCGCUGCAGCCACCGCAGCCGCCGCCUCCCCCCACCAGCCGGCGCUGCGGGAGGAGAGCGGCGCGGGCGAGAGGGGCUGACCCAGGGCACUGGAGGGCUCCACGGAGGCCCGGGCCGCCCUGCUCCCUGGACUCCCGGCCCUUCCUGCACCAGCCAGCCAAGCGCCUGCUACACCCUGAAAACUCGAGAAGGAGCAAGGAGAGAUCACGUGGACUUUUCUCUAAGAAACAAAUAAGACAAUAAAAUAAAAGGCUUUUUUAUUUAUAAAGGCCCCAGGAGCAGUGUUCAGGGCUGCAGGAUCCACUUCUCUUUGCAUUCAGUCUGUUGGAAGUUGUCCUCAUGCUUUCUUGGAGCUGUGAGCGUCCCUGCUCACCGGGGCGCCCUCCCCAGGGGCUCCAGCCACCGCCAUUGCUGCCUCUCAAGGGGAAUCUGCACCCCGCUCCUCCCCUUUCUGUUCCUCCUCUGCUCCCUGGUCACCAUGGCGAGCCAAGCACAAGCUCACCCUCCUUUGCAGUUAUUCCCCUCCUGAAAACCUCAACUGCCCCAAGCCCAGGAAGAGGGGCCCUGCUGGAGGGAGCAUGGUGGCCAUCUCUGAGCGGCAUCUGCCUGGCCCCUGUGCUGUCCACUGCACAACCAUGGCCGUGCCUCGCUGCUCCGGUGACCCUGCACUCAGACAGGCCACCUCCUUCCGGGAGGGAGGCUACCAGAAUGCCUGGAAGGAGAGACACCAGGCAGACAGGUACCUACCCCUUUGCUGCUUGUGAGCAGCCCUGCUGGGGCUGGAAGGUUUUCUCAAAUAUUUGGGGAAGGGACCAAUGUUUCCACUCAAGCUCUCAGCCCCCUGGAAGGCAGAGAACUGCUCAGAGGAUGGAAGCCCCACGACGAGGCCUAGGGAGCUUGACUCUUGCUUCCCACCUUUUUGCCAAGUACCUUUAUGUCCUGAGGGCUGUUAAGAGCUUAGCCAAGGCCCAGCCUGUCCUUGGUGCAAGUCCCCUGCCUGCCGCCUGUCCUGCUCUCAGCAGCCACAACCUAACCCCACCCUACCUGGUCCAGUGCCGAUACCCACAGCUGAGCCCCCAGUUCUGUGUGCUGGACAUUUCUGGAUCCUUCCCUGGGAGGGGGAAGUCUCCUAACCAAAUUGGACAGGAGCCUUCGUUCCUUGAUUUGUGUCAUUUGGGAGCUAUUUAUUUAUUCUUAAUAUUUAAUUUUUAACAUCCUCUCAGGGACCAGGGGCCUCCCGCUUUCUAGAGGCCCAAGUGCAUUUAUCCCCAAACAAGGCACCUUCUUGACAUCCACCCUCUUCCACCGCCACUCCCAAGGCUCUAAGGUCCCUCUUGCCUCAUGGCUCUGGAAGCUCGUGUCAUUAGGAAUAAUAGUAGCAGUGAAGAGGGUGGGAAGGUGGAGGGUGUCAACAGAGCCGUGCAGAGACGAGCAGGAGCAAGGGAGAUCAGAGGCAGGUCUUAGGCUUUCUCUUCUCUGUGCUUUGUAUUUGCCUGAAGGGAUUAGAAGCCAGAUUUCUGGGUUUGUUUCUGACUCGAUGAAGCCAUAUUUAGUGUGGAGUCAAUAAAGUGGAAUGGCUGGAAGGUUCUGGAGGCCCCUUCAUUGGCCAGUCCCAGAGGAGCGCUGACUUUUCUGAUAUUGUUAUUGGACUCUAGUGUACAAAAGAAGUGAAUGGAAGUAUAGUGCAUGCAAGGUGUUAGGAAGGAGCCAAGAAAGCAUUCAUUCUGCUUUUCCUUAUAUGAUGGUCAGAACACGUCGGCCGUAGGGGUUGGGAGGGAGUGUGUUUCUAAACUGUGGACUGGCAGGUAUUUUUCAGCGUUCAUUUAUGCUUUAAUAUAGUUCAACAGGACCCCAGCUAUGGGAGCAGCAAAUUUCUUUUCCACUGGACUCCUGGACCACCACCUAGAUCUCCAACUUCCCAGUUAUUUUUCCUCCACAUGCUUUUACGAGCUCAGUGUUCCAAGAUAGCAAAAAUACGAUCUACCCUCCAGAAGCAGGAGGGCAGCACAUUUAGGCUGUCUUCUGAAUCACUUGUGUAAUAGUGCCUUUGCAGCUUAGCCCCAAGUGCUACUUAUGUUUCCCAAGGUUUUUUCUGUUUAAACCUCAUUUGCUUUCUGACCCCUUGAUGGACAUGUGAUAACAGGAACCUCCUUCAUCUUAGUUCUCUUCCAAGCUCAUGGAGAAGAGACCAGGUGAAUGUAGGCAGAAUGUAGGUACCUCCCAACUCAUCUGACCAGAUGCUGUAUUUUUAGAAGUGUCCAUGUUUGAGGAUGGGUUUACAUCUAGAAUUGAAGAUGAGAGUGAAGAUACUCCCACAGAUGCACGUGUGGCCAAGUGACCUGCCACUAAAGUAGCUGCAACCACAGAAGUGGGCAUAGGUAUAUCCUUACGGUGCUUUCUUCCUGUGAUCACAGUAGGCUUGUAGGCUUUUUUCUUUUUCUAUUCAAAGCUCUUUGCUUUAAGAAGUUAAAUGACAAACACCUCCGGCUUUAUAAUGUCCACCCCACACCAUCUCUCCUCUCCCAGCCGCCAUGUGUACUCAGCUAAGGGCAUGAAACUACCCUAGUGCCUGUGUGCCAGACCAUUUCGGAGGUCUCUUACCCACACAAGGAGACAGUACUUGAGCACUGUCUUCCAUGCCUUCAACAGUUCCCCAUCAAGCUAAGGUACAUGCCCAUCUUCCUGCCACCCAGCUCCACCUCUGUCACGGAGGACUUGUGCUGCUUAAGUUUAAAGGAGUCCCCUAUGUUUAACUGCCUCAGUGACCUAACUCUUCUCGUUUGCCUGAUGUUGAGAUGAAGGAGGGAUACAACUCAUACUCAAGCCUCCAAUGUUUAAAUGUUUUCGCUGGGGCUCAUUUUUCAUGGAUGGUAUUUAUUACCAGACUGGCAGGCCUAACUCUAGGUUUACAGGAAGUAUGCAUAUUUUUAUAAAACAAUUGUAUGUCCUCCCCAUAUUUUGCUGUUAACAUUUGCCUCUAAGGAUUUGCAGCGGUUUUUCACCUUUUCCUCAUUUCUAAGUUGAAGGCCUUGUUGGAGGGGACAGCACAGGAACAGCCUUGACAGUCUGUAAUUAUUGUACAAAUAUUUUAAUAGCAUAUAAAUAAGUAUAUUCCUUUUAUUUUGAAAAAAAAAAGAUCAGACACUGCCUUUUGUGUGUUUGCUGCCUGUGGCACCCUUUUUUAAUGACUGUUACAUAUUAGUGUACAUAUAUAUAAAUAUUACCUCUUUUGCUGUACAGUUGUGAUAGACCAGACUGAAGAUUUUAUUUUUUGUGUGCUUUUUAUAAAAAAAAAAUUAAUACACUAAAGAAAAUCUUGCUGAUGUGAUUGUAAUGUACCUAUGUAACUUAUUUACUUUUGGAUGUUCUUCUGUAUCUUUAAACCUUUUAUUAAAUAAGGUUUUAAAAAUUCA